AUGCUAACUGGAUUAAUGGACAAUCAUUGGAAGGCUUGCACUGAUUGGGUUAACCCUAAUGGAAAACCUAAUCUCCAAUUUUCUAUUUCGUACAUUGUUCUCUUCUUGUAUACCACAAACAAACUGGUGGUCUUCGGACGUUGGGAAAGAAAUGAUGUUACAGAAGUCAUCAACACAAUGGCAAAGAUGGCUGAUCACGCUGUGAUUGCUGAUAUUGUUAGCAUUAUAAUGGAGAAAAUUGAUAUGGUCACACUUGACUUGUGUACAAGUCUUCUGCCACUUCUAAGUGACCUUUUACAAAGUGAAAUGGAUAGACAUCUAUCUAUAUCCGUGGAAAUGUUAUUGAACCUGGUCAGAGUAUUUGGUUCAGUAAUCUUUUCAACGCUAUCAGCUAAACCCUCUGUUGGUGUUGAUAUUGAAGCAGAGAACAGGCUAGAGCGUUGCAACCUCUGCUUUAUAGAGCUCGAAAAAGUCAAACGUUUCCUACCUUCUCUAAUGAGAAGAGGAGGAUCAAUUGCAAAAUCUGCACACGAGUUGAAUCUGGUACUUCAGGACGUGUCGUGA